GUUUUGUUACCCCCUCCUCUUUUCUUAACUUUGUUGUUGUAGGGGGAAAAGUUGUACUUAAUUGUGCGAAUGUAUGCGUGCGAGUAGUUUCUCCCCUCCAAACAGGGAGAAGAAGCAAAACAUUUUAGUUGUGACAGUGAGAAGAUCAACGGACUCUUAAGUGUAGAAUCGUUUUUUAAAACGAACAUUGUCUGAUUUGAACAUACCACAGCUAGCAACACGGCUCGAUCGCGUCCACCCCCACCUCCACUCCAGGGUAGCCAGCCACCCCUCUUCUAUAGUUUGUUUGGUGGGACAGAAAAAAGGAGCUGGCGAAAUGGCGGAAACCAAAAUAAUAUACCACAUCGACGAGGAGGAGACGCCGUACUUGGUCAAGAUUCCUAUUCCCGCUGAAAAAAUUACACUACUGGACUUCAAACAGGUUUUGAACAAGCCAAAUUAUAAAUUCUUCUUCAAAUCCAUGGAUCAGGAUUUCGGUGUGGUGAAGGAGGAGAUUUCAGAUGACAGUGCCAAGCUGCCCUGCUUCAAUGGAAGAGUGGUAUCAUGGCUGGUAUCAUCAGACAGCCCCACCACGGAGCCCACGGCCCCUCCAGUGGAGGUGCCGCCUCAGCCUUCGCCCCCUCCUCCACCCCUGCCCCCUCCCCCUGCCGAGAGGACCGGAGGCAUCGGGGACUCCAGGCCCCCUUCCUUUCACCCAAACGCGGCUGGCAGCGUGGAGACCCUGGAUGACCGUACGGAGACAGAGUCGGUGGUUUCCUUUAGGAGGGAGAGGCCACGCCACAGGGACACCCUGGAGCAGCACGGGCCCAGGAUGAACGGACAGAGCCGAUUGGAGCGUCACCUGGCAGGAUAUGAGAGUGCCACCACGGUCAUGAGCAGUGAGUUGGACACCACCAGCUUCUGUGACUCGGAUGAGGAUGACACCAUGAGCCAUUUUAGCAGUUCCACAGAGCAGAGCACGGCCUCCCGCCUGCUGAAACGCCACCGCAGACGCAGGAAACAGCGCCCUCCCAGGCUCGAGCGGGCAUCGUCCUUCAGCAGUGUGACGGACUCCACCAUGUCCCUCAACAUCAUCACUGUCACACUGAACAUGGAGAAGUACAACUUCCUGGGCAUCAGCAUCGUGGGUCAGAGCAACGAGAGAGGGGACGGGGGUAUCUACAUUGGCUCCAUAAUGAAGGGCGGAGCCGUGGCUGCUGACGGGCGGAUUGAACCUGGGGACAUGCUGCUGCAGGUCAACGAUAUCAACUUUGAGAACAUGAGCAAUGAUGAUGCAGUCAGGGUGCUGAGGGAGAUUGUACAUAAACCAGGACCCAUCAUUCUCACAGUGGCUAAGUGCUGGGACCCUUCACCCCAGGGCUACUUCACCCUUCCACGCAAUGAGCCCAUCCGGCCCAUUGACCCAGCGGCCUGGGUCAGCCACUCAGUGGCGCUCACCGGGGCUUACCCCCCUUACCCUGGCAGCUCCUCCCUCAGCACCGUGACCUCCAGCUCCUCCGUCACCGAAACAGAGCGCUUCGAUGACUUCAACCUCUCGCUGCACUCCGACAUGGCCUCUGUGGCCAAAGCCAUGGCCUCCCCAGAGUCCGGCCUGGAGGUCAGAGACAGGAUGUGGCUGAAGAUCACCAUCCCCAACGCAUUCCUGGGCUCGGACGUGGUCGAGUGGCUGUACCACCACAUUGAGGGCUUCCAGGACCGGCGAGAGGCUCGCAAAUACGCAAGCAACCUGCUAAAGGCUGGCUUCAUCCGCCACACCGUCAACAAGAUCACCUUCUCUGAGCAGUGCUACUACAUUUUUGGCGACUUCAGCGACUGCGAGAACUACAUGGCCAACCUCUCCUUGAACGACAACGACGGGUCCAGUGGGGCGUCCGACCAGGACACUCUAGCCCCCCUGCCCCUCCCUGGAGCGACUCCAUGGCCCCUGCUGCACUCCUUCCCCUACCAGUACCCCCACCCGUACUCCAGCCAGCCGCCCCCCUACCACGAGCUCUCCAGCUACAGCUACGCCCCUGGGAGCACAGGCAGUCAACACAGUGAAGGGAGCCGGAGCAGUGGAUCGACCCGCAGCGAGGGGGAGCGGCGGCGAACGGGGAAAGGAGGAGGAGCUAGCAGCGCGGGAGGAGGCGCCCGAGAGGAGAAGUCCCCCGGGGGAGGCGGGGCAGACUCUCGCUCGGGCAGCGGCAGCGAAUCGGAGUACUCGACCCGGAGCAGCCUGAGGCGGGACCACGGCUCGGCCACGCCCAGCGAGCACAGUCACAUCAGCCAGCGCUCGCACCACCGCGCCCCACCCCCGCACCUCCCCUACCCCCCUGGCAUCCCUCUCCCCUACAACCCCAUGAUGGUCAUGAUGGUGCCCCAGCACCCCCACCCUGCCUUGGGCCCCCCUCACCCCCAACACCCCGUCGGCCCCGCCCUCCCCUCCCUGCCCCCUUCCAGCACCCCGGGGGGGCCCCCCGGAGCUCCGCCCACUCGUGACCUGGGCUCCGUACCGCCUGAGCUCACCGCCUCACGGCAGUCCUUCCACCUUGCCAUGGGCAACCCCAGUGAGUUCUUUGUAGAUGUCAUGUAGUGAAAGGGCUUGAUACUGGAGUGUGUGGGUCUGCGUGUGAGGGAUGGGCCGUCCCAGAACCAAGGGCAUUGGGUACCUGAGAGCUCCACACCACGUCUGGCCAAUGAGGGCUCGGCUUUUAAAGGUACCCAAAAAAAACAGCCACUGUCAAGCAUCAGAGGUUUUCUCUGUUUAUACUUUGAUGAAAUGCAGGGUUUUUUUUUUAGUUCCCUUCAAAUGAUCUGUAUAUUCUGUGUAUCCACUAAGCCACAGGAGGUUUUUCAGAUUCCAGUUGAAUUAUUCAUGAGUCUUUCUUUUAAAGAUGUGAGGUCUGAGCCAAGUAAUGCCCCUCGUCUGUGAUUGAAAUUGAGGGCUCGGAGGACGUGGUGGCACUGCGGCCGUAGGAAUGAGCUACCUGUGGCUCAGUGCUCUGGGUGGGGACAGAGAUGGUAGUGAGUGGGUAAUGUUGGGCCUGGUAGGUGAAGCAGGAAAACAAAGUCAUGCUAUUCGUUAGGCGUCUCCCCCCCCUGCUUUCUAAUAAAUUCCCAUGUCUUCAAAAACCUACCCCGUCAACUAUUCUUCUACAAUUUCCAAAGCAAGUACUUCGCACAGUUGGUGCUUUGGGUCCAUUUAGGGUCUCAAUAUUUCCAAGAAACUGUUGUGUGCUUAAUGUGAUGUCAACUUCUCCAAUGUUUUCAUUUCAUCUUGAAACUUGUUAGUGAGUCUUAAUGACAUCCAUACAGUCUGUACAGAGGUAAAAGUAGUUACUAAAUGAUUUGGGUACUGAACAGUAGUUGUCUGUCGAUAGAUGCAGCUGUAGUAGCAACCUUGUCCUCAAGGGGGAACGCAGUGUCAUAUUCAGUACAGCAGAGGGGGCUAAUUGCUCCUUUUCAGUAAAGCAUGACCUGAACAAUAUUUAUCAGUCUGUUAUAAACAUUUGGCGCCCUGUUAUCAAAUUGGGACACUGUGUAGUUCCAAUCAGAAAUGAAUCAUGAGAAGCAAUCGUCUUGCUUCACACAGCUAAUGUUUUCUAUUUUAAAACUGUAAAUAUUCCAUUCUCCAAUAUAAAGGUAAUGGUACAUUGUAGUACAUUUUGAUGUGAAAUGAGCACAAACAUUGAUAAGCACGCACAUUCCUCCCUGUUGAUGGUAAUGGUCAACAUUUGCACCCAGGAGAUGAGCUGUGUACUACAGGGAAGAACACUAAAUGACUGUGUGGUACGGAAAAUGGUACUGAGGGGCCAUACCAAAAAUGGUUCUGCAGGAUGUAAAGAGAAGUUGGAAUAAUAUGAGGUGUUACUUUUCAAUAGACAUUCAAUGGCUGUGAGCCCCACUAUCAUUUUUUUUUUUUAAAGAUACAAGACCCACAUGUUUUAUUUUAAUGUGUAUUAUAUGUAACCAAACCGUAUAGGUGCUAAAUGAAGAGUCAAACUAUGUGAAUGUUUUCCCCAUUUUUGUCACUUGCCUUUUUCAGCAUUUAUAUACUAAAUAAAUGUUUAUUAGGUACA